AUGAGGAAGUACCUCCGAGAUGUGAAGGGGAAGAGCCUCAUAUGGUGUAUCAACCUAGUGGCCGGUCUCGCUAUUUUCUUUUUUGGGUACGAUCAGGGUAUGAUGGGAGGCGUCAACACGUCUCCAGACUACGUCCGGGUAAUGGGUCUGGGCUAUUCGACAUAUGAGGGUCCAUCAGAAGGAUGGGUUGCCACUAUCACGGAGCCUACUAGGCAGGGUGGUAUCGUCAGUAUCUAUUACUUCGGAACUCUCUUGGGAUGUCUCGCUGCUGGUAUUAUCGGUGAUAAGAUUGGACGUAUUAAGACUAUGUGGAUUGGUUCUGUCUGGGUACUAGUCGGUGCAUCAUUGCAAUGCUCAGCUCAGAAUAUCGCAUGGAUGCUCUGUGCGCGAGUCAUCAACGGCAUCGGUACAGGCUUCCUCAACGCCGUCGUUCCCGUCUGGACUGCCGAAGUUGCAACACAUACGUCACGAGGUGCUACUAUCGCCAUGGAGUUCACACUCAACAUUUUCGGUGUCGUCGUCGCGUAUUGGCUUGAGUUCGGCAUGGGAUUCAUCGGAGACGGUAACACUGAAGUUCGAUGGAGGUUCCCAAUCGCAUUCCAAGUUCUGCCGCUUCUUGUGUUCAUGGUCGUUGUCCCAUUCAUGCCCGAAUCCCCCCGCUGGCUCAUAAAAGCUGGACGUAACGAAGAGGCCCGACACAUUCUCUACCGACUUCGCUGGAAAGAAGAGACUGACAGUGACGUGCAAAUGGCGCAGGCAGAGUACGACGAUAUCGUAGGAAUUGUCGACCUGGAGAAGAAGCAUGCGGGGCAGAAUACCUAUUUCUCGAUGUUCUUCGGACGGCACUCUGGAGAUUUGCACAUCGCACGUAGGGUACAGCUGAAUAUUUGGCUGCAAAUUGUGCAAGAAUGGGCUGGUAUCGCUGCGAUUACCGUUUAUGCCCCAACCCUGUUCUCAGAGGCUGGAUACAGUGCUCGCAAGUCUGAGUGGCUCUCUGGUCUCAACGACAUAACAUACUGUCUCUCUACCCUCUUUGCCAUCUACACAAUUGACCGUUGGGGCCGUCGCGUCGGUCUCUGGUGGGGCGCUGUCGCACAAGGCAUCUGCCUCCUCCUUGCAGGAGGGUUCGGUCGUCUCCUCAAGGAUCAUCCUGAGAAGGCCGCGGAAUAUGGAGCCGCGGCUGCGUUCUUCAUUUUCGCCUACACAGCGGUGUUCGGUGCGACAUGGUUGACGAUUCCUUGGGUAUACCCAACGGAGACGUUCCCGCUCGAAGUCAGAGCUAAGGGUAUGGCGUGGGGCGUUGUUGGCUGGAGUAUCGGCAACGGCUGGCUAACACUCAUGAACCCCAUCAUGUUCUCCGCCAUUGCCGAGAACACCUUCUACAUCUUCGCCGCCGUCAAUUUCCUCUCUAUCCCACUUGUUUGGGCCUUCUACCCCGAGACGGCGAACCGCACACUCGAGGAGAUGGACCUGCUGUUCGCGAGCAAGAGUCCUUUCGUGUGGGAAAUGGAGAAGAACUUCGCGAAGUUGAAGGCAGAGAACCAGGGUGUGAGUCAUAUGGCGCAUGUUGGUGAGCAUCACCGAGCAGAUGAGCAGAUGGAGGUGGCUGGGAAGGUAUAG